GGGGAACCCGCCGGCCCCGCGCGGUCGCCUCCCUCGCGGGCCCGGCGCUGAGCCCAGAUGUAUUAUGCAAGCUCAAGACGGUUUCGAGAAGCAAAGAAUGGCCUAUUCGGUGAACAGCCAUUGAUGAAAAUCUCCAUCGUCAUCAAAUACAACUCCUUUCAUUCUCCUCUUCCAUUCACCUACCCAAAGACCAAAUCUGGAAAUAGUAACCAAAAGAGAAGCCCACGUCAUACACAAAGCAGGGAAAGGUUGAAAUAAUUUAAGGGUUGGCCAGAUGCAGUGGGGCAUGGAGUGAACAGAAAGAGGUUAAAUUGAUGGAUGACCAACAAGAGCAGGAUUGUGCCUCAGAAGACCAAGAAACUAUCCUGAUUAAUGGGGUGAAAGAAAAUGAAUCGCACGCCCUGGACGGCGAUGAGAGGCCUUGCACCGCCGCUGAGGCCGCGGUCACGUUCUCAGCCUUGACGACAGCUCAGAAGGAAAACCACCCGUGCCACCGGGCGCUGCCUCCCCUGACUUCAAAGAAGCCCUGCUUGCUGAGCCCCCCGUCGCCUCUGAGGCUCACGGAUGUACCCGAGCACGCCUCGGAUGACUCCUCCGCCCACGCCAUCUCCCUCACGUCCUGCGUGACAAAGGGCAUGAGCUCCUGGUCGCUGCCGGGCGACUGCGAGAAGGCUCCCUUCACCAUGAUGGAGCCCGGAGGCAUGUCGGCGCUGACGGGCGACUGCUUGAUGCAGCCGAGCCGGACCUGUCUGGGCUGCUUUAUUGAAUCAAAGGACGGCAUUGAUGCGGAGCCGGGAAUAAGCUUGAAAGUGGGGGAUAUAAAUAGGGAUUAUGACACCUGUUCGGUCUCUGAUAUAGGGAUUCACUGCAUGAGCACAGGAGAAACCAUGAGAUACGGGGAUCAACUGCUUUCAGACCAGCUUUUAAGCUUCCCUAUGCAUAAAUCGAGGGCAGCGGACAAAAGAGAUGCAGAAAAAUCUGACAGUGAUUCAGAGGACCCCACUCAGAAAAAUUAUUACGAGGGAUUACUAUUAGACAAAUGCAAUGGUGAGGAACCUUUACUAACAAAUCCCAACCAGGAAUGGGGCUAUUUUGAAUCUUUCAUUAGUGAAAGUAAAAUUGAGCUGCUUGACCUCUGCUCCAAAAAUGAGCUUUCUGUAAAUCUGUUUUCCGAGGAAGACGUGGAUAAUUACAUGUUCGAUGACGACGAUUCCACCUUGGGAAGCGAUGUCUGCUCCCUAAAGAUUAGGUACGAAUCUUUCCAGGACAACGUGCGGGAGAAGACCACCGCCCUACAAGAGGAUGCCCAGUUCAACUUCUUCCCCAGCGUGUUCAGCAACUGCACCAAAAGGGACAGUAGGAGCACCCUGAAAAGGGGGCCCGGCGGUGCCACCGACCCUUCUCAAUUCAAAUCUGAGGAAGGCAUCAUCUGGGGGGAGGAGGAGGAGGAUGGCGAGGAAGAGGACGGCGAGGAGGAGGAGAAAGCUGCCUUAAAUAAAUCUUGCAACAGCACGGAGAUGGUGCAGUACGUGGGCUCCAAGAGGAGCCACUUCUUGGACUCGGUGAAUUCCACGGAGGACUCCGGGGAGUUCAGCGAUGACAGCACUUGCACAGAGUCCUCCUACGACGUGCUGCGGGAUAUCAAGGACUGCAGCCGGUACCUGUCCCGGGACCACUCUGGCUCCUUCAUUCAGCAGAACUAUGGGUUGCGGGCGAAGAGGAAAGUGCGAUACAGCGACGACUACCUGUACGACGUGGACUCCAUCGAGAAUGAGAAGAUCCUGGACAAGAAGGAGUGGCUCCCGGACGGGCCCAAGGAAGAGGACGAUGACGAGUGGUGUCCCAAGAAACGGCGAAAAGUCUCUCGCAAGGAGCCCCCUGUUAUCAUCAAGUACAUCAUCAUUAACAGGUUUAAAGGGGAGAAGCAUAUGCUGGUGAAGCUCAGCAAAGUGGAUGCCAACGAGACAACUGUUACCCUGAACGAGGAGCUGCUCAGCAAAUACAAGAAGCUGGCCCCACUGAAGGGCUUCUGGCAAGAGAGGCAGCAGAGCCGGCUGGAUUUGCUCAGAUCGUCUCUCUACCACAAGCAGAAUUUCUAUCUUAACGGCUCAGAUGCUUCAUUCCUCCCUCACCCACGGAAGCGAAAAUGCAAGCUAGCAAACAGGCACCGGAUUCAAAGAAUUAAAGCCAUCGAGCAAUCAGUGAACAAGCUGGGCUCUUGCUCCUCUGAUCACAAGCAGCCUUGCAGCAGUAAAGAGGACGUGGGCCUGAAAGGGCUGCCGGCGUUAGCCAUCGCCACCCCCAGCUGUGCCAACGGAUUACACGUACACGACAUCACGGGCAUCGCCGCCGUGAAAUGCAAAUCGCAGGAACGAGAGCACAAGGGGACGGAGAGGAAAGUGCUCCGCAGAAUCAAAUUCAAAAGUGAAGCCAGGUUGAAGUGCAAGAAGAUCAAAGCUGCUACCAGUACGGCGGAGGGCUCCCCGGCGCUGGAAAACGAGGACUCUGCAGCGCGUCUGAAGGACGAAAACGUUCCUUGUGCUUCAGACAGCUCCCAUCUCCCGGAGUGCCACGAGGAUAAGGUUGCUAAAAAUUCUCCUUUCCUACCAUCCACCUCCUCUUCAGACAAGCCUCUGCCAUCUGCUAAUAUCACCACCAAUGUACCCCUGAUCCCCGGAGGGUAUCUGCAGACGUUGUUAGAUGCUUCUGAUUUGUCGAGCAACACCGGUAUCUCAUACUUCGCCCAGCACCCCUCCGAGCAGCAGCAGCAGCACCCGCUCCCCAGCAUCGUCCCGGCGGAAAAGCCCUUCCCGGCUCUGCAGCCGGCGCAGAGCUGCGUGCUCUCCCCGCCCUCCGAGUCGGAGCUGCAGCAGUCACCCGGCCACUUGGAGAUGGAGCAGAGCAGCUUCAGCAGCAUGUGGCCCGCCAGCAAGGCCGCCGGCAGCAACCGCCAGGACUUCCCCGGUGACCUGCGGGAGGCAGCCGGGCUGCCGAGCGAGUUCGGCGGCGGCGGCGGUGCCGCGGGCGCAGACGGCCUCCCCGCCUCUGGAUACACUCAAGUCAAUCUGAAUAGCAGCAAAUUGCUAUACCAAAAAAAUUACAUGCCGGAUAGCCAACAAGUGCAGUCUGAUGAUUCUUAUCAGUCAUGUCAUUUUAAUAAUGGAGAGGGGCGCUUUCAUUUCCAACGAGGUACACUAAGUACAGAUGAUGGCAGGCUCAUUAGUUUUGAUUCAGUGGGUUCAUUGUCAGUUAGUUCUAGCAAUUACAGUUCUUUAAGUUUAAAGUCUUGUGAAAAGGACGGCGAGGAUGAUAUUAAUGAUGAUUUCUUGGCCCACUGCAGUCCCAAGCUAGUGAUCCAGCAGAGCAUAGAUGAAAUCACCCCUUUGAAGGAGUCCACGGACCUUUUAGACAUUUCCAACUUCACGCCUGAUAAGUUCCGCCAGUCAUCGCUUUCGGAGAUGUCCCCUCCGGACACUCCCAACCUGUCCCCGCAGAUAGCUGGCUCCGACGCCAAGCCUCUGGGCACCCUGAAGGGCUUUCAGGAGAGCCCCCAGGCCGCCCUCAACAGCACUGAGAAGGUCAAGUGGAACUGUGGGGUCCUGCAGACCGAGGAUCAGGCAGAUAAUGGGUUUGCUUUAAAUAAUCACCAGUUCCAGUUCCAUAUGUUCAACGAUGAAGAUUCUGUCAGCCUCCUCGAAAAGAGUCCAUGCUUGUCAACAUUUAAUGAGCCAUCUGGUCAAAUUAGCACCAAUAGCAAAGUGUCAAAAUCGAAGAGGAAAAGUUCAUCCAGCAAGAAUGUGGGUACAAACCAAAGCUCUUCCCAGAAAGCCACCCGGAAAAAAUCACCCAAAACCAACAAAGGAACCGAUAAGCCGCAAGGGAAAAACUCCAGGCAGGCGCCCAAAUCCGCCAGGAAGGGGAAGAACGCGGCGGGAGUCAACGGCGAGAAGGCUCCGGCUGUUGGCAGCAGGGCGGUCAACCAGCUGAGCAACGUGGCCACCGCCACCAAGGGCCUCGCCGAGAGCGCUCAGCAUUGCAGCCCGGCCGGGGUGAAACUGGGCAAGCACAACGGGCUCUCCGGAGAGUGGGGGCUGGGAAAAGAGGGGGGCACGGGCUGGUCGGAACCCAGCCUGGGCAACACCACCAGCCUCCUGGACGACGAUCAGAGGGAGUUCGAGGAACCUUCCAACAUCCUGUCCAACAUCGCGUCGGGAAUGGCGGAUGUCCAGAGGUUUAUGAUGGCCUCCAUCGAGCCCUUGUGGGGGCCUGUUGGCCACAACAGCGUUCCAGACAUAUUCCGGUCACCGGAGUCCAACAGCCUGAAACUGAAAACUCUAAAAAUUUUGGCAGGGACGUCCCAAGAGUCGAAGAAGAAGGCGAACGGCGGCUCGCCGGGCGCGGCGAAGAACCACAAGUCAAACAACAAGGGCUCAAGCAAAAACGGCAAAGCCGCAACCUGCGACCCCGGUCGCCCCAACUGCUCAACCGGGUACACCACGGACAUUCACGCUCCCUUUUUUGAUAAAAACUAUAGUAACCUGAGCACUUUAGGCAAUAACGGACCUACCCAUAAAAAACUCUACCGUCAUAAAUCCAGUUCGAAAUCGCUGAGGGAUGAGAACUGUAAAAUAAAGCGGACGGACCGCGAACAGCCCCACAAGGACCCCCCCGUGACAGCUGCUUUUGAGAAACUGAGGGAAUCAGACUCCAUUCUUCUUAAAGCAGAAACAACAUUUUUGGGUUUUCCUGUAUUUGAAGAAGAGACUCCCUUUUCUAGAAAGACGGUUGAUGUUUGUUUCUUUUUUUUCCUUCGGUUGGGGUUUUUUUCCCGUCGGUUCCUUUUCGAAAUCUGCCUUGUGGUAUGUUGAAAUGUAAGUGCUGAAAUGAAGUUUGAAAUUGUGGGAAUUUUAUUAUUUCAAAGCAAACCUAAUCUGGUAUUCUCUGUGAAAGACUGUUUUAAAAGUCAUACUGUUGUACAGUAGUUUAUGCACUAUUACCCACAACAACAAAAAAUUGUGCCAAACUAUGAACAAGUGACUGUAUUGUAUAUAUUUUUACUUCUCUAUCAACAUUGGGUUGUGAGUGUUUUCUGCAGCUAUGCCUUUUGGUUUUACUAGAAACAUUCCAGUUGUUAAGUACUAACCACCCCCCUUUGAAAGCACCUGUAACUCACGAUGAAAAUGAUAUUGUUCACUUAUACAACUUACCAAAAGUUUUAUGGACAUGACUAAAAGUGUGCCAAAUUUACUUACCUCAUUUCAUGGAUUCACCCUGUGGUUUAAAGCUCAUAAAGGGAAAAAAAAAAAAAAAAAAAAAAAAAAAAGGAAAAAAAAAGGAAAAAAAAGGGGAAAAAAAAAAAAAGAAAAAAGGAACUUUGAAACCCAUGCUGGGAAAUGGUAAUGUCCUCUCUUUGAAACCAUGAGCAGAAAAACUUAAUGGUGAAAUGUUGAGUUUCAUUAUAGGAGAGAGUUGAAACGGUGGAGGAGUUCGGAAAACCACGGACGGUAAGUUUGCCAGGAACUCAAGUGUCUGCAUCUAGAGACUACAGAACAGCUGCUUUUCAAGUGUCUGUUUUCUUAAAGCAAAACCUGUAGCUGAAGAUCAUUUGAAAUGCAAAGUUACAUUGCUAAUUCUUUGUAUCUCAGUUUUAUAUAUUUUAUAAGAACCUGGGAUAAAUUCUAAAAUAGUUAUAAAAACAGAACUAAUACGUUUCAUACAUUUAUUGCUAUUUACUUUUCCUUUGAGUAGUUUCUUAAACAUUUUCGAUGCAGAGCCUGUCAAAAGCGCUCUCCUAUCAUAGCUUUGGUGUUUCCUAGAUGUCUAACCUUGCGAUGCCAAUAUAGUUUGAACUUUCAAAAGCAAAAAGUCAUUAGUUUUAAAUACAACUCUGAACCUUUUCUUUGAUUCAGUUCAUAAGAAAAAAAAAAACGGAGCUAUUUGUGAUCUCACCGAUCAGGGCCGGAUCAUACAUGACUGGACUUUUAUUAACACAGCGUUAAGUAUUGAAUGCUAAAUGUAUUCUCAAAAGGCCUUAUUUGUAACCCUACUCACCACACCCUCGCCCUCCACGAGAAUAACAAACCCAACAAAUAUCUAUUUUCCUUGUGCAACUGAGAGCCUGUGCAUUUUGCUGCUGAUUUCUUAUGAAACCUUGAUAUGCAAGAGCCCUGCUAACUGGGAGCUGUUGGGAGCAGAGGGGUGCGAGGCUUGGACGUGUUUAUGCAAUAGAAAACGAUGAGGAAGAGGAGCCUUAAUAGCAGUCGGACAGAUCACGUUCUCGACAUGGUCGUGAGCAUAGAGGUGGUGUUUCGCAGAGGACAGGACUAGACUCGGGUUUCCUUACAAGCAGGUUUUUUUCCGGCCCAUGCGCGAGGCAAAACAGCAGAAUUGUUUUAAGUUAAUUUAGCGAAAAAGCAGGCUGAACCCUUAAAACUGAAGUGGAGUUGCAGAGUGUCGAUUUAGAAUCAGAAUGUUUUCAGCAUUUGCAGAUCUUGAGGUAUAGCUCAGGCUCAGCUCUGCAAUCCCAGAAAGAACAGCACAGUAAUGCUUUGCAUUUUAUUUAACAGAUGAAAGAAGGAACUCUGGAAAAAUAGUAAUUCUGAAAACCAUCUUAGAAGUUCAUUUAUUCCAUGAAAAAAUGAAAUGCUGGUGCUGCUCGGAGUGAGUCGCUCCGGGUAAGAGCGGUCCCUGGGUACCCCGCGGGUUGCCGUGGAUGGGAGCGGGGUGCAGUAUCCCACCCCGGCUCUGGCUGCAGGAGGGAGAUCCAGAAGAUGCUCAGGAUUUAUUUUGGAGACAAGAGCUGUGCUAGGGCUCCAUCCCUGGGCGUUUGGCUUGCCUGCAGCCACCGUGCUCUCCCCUGCUUCCCCAGCAGCUGUCUUUUCUAUUCGUAGGGUCAUCAGAUACUACAAGCUCUGGCCACUGCCGUGGUGUUGACGUAUCCCGUUUUUUCAGCAUUCCUCCCGCGUGCUGCAGGAUGAGGGGCUGCCGGCUCCCUUCUUUCGGAUGUUGAGGCUGCCACUUCUAUGGAGACAGGUCAGGUCCAGGGCUGGGAUGCGGCACGGCCCUUCUUUUUGACCCGGAACCAUCAUUUGAAAGCACAUUUUGACUGGCCUGCACUGUGCUCAUUAUGCUUAAUAUUAUGAAUAUGGGACUCGUAAUAAAAUACCUUGUACUGAACCAGAUAGCAAUAUUUAUUGCAUUUGAGAAAUGUGCAAUAGGGCAUGAAGAUAAAAGGCAUAAAACGUAUCGACUUUUUUAUUAUAUGUUGGAAAUCCAUGAAUACCCAGCUAGGUGUUUCAGGACAGUGUUAAUCACAAAUACCAGCUGCCUUGUUGCUCUCUCCUUCAGUCCUUCUGUCGCUCCGAUUUCGCUGCCGUCUUCAGUUGUCAUCCCAUGUCCUCCCCAAAAACCUCUGACUGGGGAGAUGUUAAAGAGCCCAGAUCCCUCACGGUGUGGCACCGGCCCUUCUCUGCGUCUGAAAAAGUGAUCCCUCUGCUGAUUGACCCCAAAAAUUCAGAAAUUGCCUUGAGCCAACCAUUUGCCCUUCUCCUUUUGAUCUUCAUAGAAUCAGAGAAGGGUUUGGGUUGGAAGGGACCUUUAAAGGUCAUCUAGUCCAACCCCCCUGCCAUGAGCAGGGACAGCUUCAACUAGACUAGGUUGCUCAGAGCCCCGUCCAACCUGACCUGGAAUGUUUCCAGGGAUGGGGCAUCCACCACCUCUCUGGGCAACCUGUGCCAGUGUUUCACCACCCUCACCGUAAAAAAUUUCUUUCUUAAGUCCUUCUCCGCGGGGCUGCUCUCAAUCCCUUCAUCCCUCAGCCUGUAUUGAUACCGGGGGUUGCCCUGACCCAGGUGCAGGACCUUGCACUUGGCCUUGUUGAACCUCAUGAGGUUCACAUGGCCCCACUUCUCAAGCUUGUCUAGGUCCCUGUGGAUAGCAUCCUGUCCCUCAGGCGUGUCAGCCACACCACUGAGCUUGAUGACAUCUGCAAAGUUGCUGAGGGUGCACUCGAUCCCACUGUCUGUGUCAUCGAUGAAGAUAGUAAACAGUAGCGGUCCCAAUACAGACCCCUGAGGGACAUCACUUGUCACCAAUCUCCAUCUGGGCAUUGAGCCACUGACCACUACUUUCUGGAUGCAACCGUCCAACUGAUUCCUCAUCCACUGAACAGUCCAUCUAUCAAAUCCAUAUGUCUCCAAUUUAGAGAGAAGGAUGGUGUGGGGAACCAUGUCAAAGGCCUUACAGAAGUCCAGACAGACGACAUCCAUGGCUCUUCCCUUUUCCACUCAUGUAGUCACUCCAUCAUAGAAGGCCACUAGGUUGGUCAAGCAAGACUUGCUGUUGGUGAAGGCAUGGUGGCUGUCUCAAAUCACCUCCCUGUCCUCCGUGUGCCUUAGCAGAGCUUCUAGGAGGAUCUGUUCCAUGAUCUUCCCAGGCACAGAGUUGAGGCUGAUGGGCCAGUAAUUCCCAGGGUCCUCCUCCACCCUUUGUAAACAUGGGUGCAACAUUUCUCUUUUUCCAGUCACCGGGGACUUCACUUGACUGCCGUGACUUUUCAAAUAUCACGGAGAGUGGGUUGGCAACUGCAUCAGCCAAUUCCCUCAGGACUCCGGGAUGCAUUUGGUCAGGUCCCAUAAACUUACGUAUGUUCAGGUUCCUCAGGUGGUCACGAACCUGAUCUUCUCUUACAGUGGGAGGAACUUUGCUCCCCCAGUCCCUGCCUUGAGGUCCAUCCACUCGAGAGGUGUGGGAAGAGAGAUUACCAGUGAAGACUGAGGCAAAAAAGUUGUUGAGUACCUCAGCCUUCUCCUCGGCCGUUGUUACCAGUUUGCCGGUCAUGUUCAUCGGGGGGGUACGCUUUCUUUGAUCUUCCUUUUCUGACUGACAUAACCUAUGGAAGCCCUUUUUAUUCAUUGCAUCCCUUGCCAAGUUCAGCUCCAGCCACACCUUGGCCUUCCUGGCCCCAUCCCUACACGACCGGGCAGCGUCCCUGUGCUCUUCCCAGGAUCCCUGUCCCUGCUUCCACUGCCUGUGCAUUCCCUUCUGGCCCUUCAGUUUGACCAGCAGGUCUCGACUCAGCUAUGCCGGUCUCUUGCCUUCCUUUCCUGACUUCUUACACUUGGGGAUCCGGAGCUCUUGUGCUCUCUGGAAAGCGUCCUUAAAGAUCUGCCAGGUCUGUUCUGCUCCCUUGACCCUGAGGGCAGUUUCUCAGGGGGUCCUACUGACUAACUCCUUAAACAGCUGGAAGUUUGCUUUCCUAAAAUUCAUCUCCACCUGCCUGUCACUACCUCAAGGUUUUCAUCGCUUCCCGCCUUCGCCUCGUUCCUUGCCAUACGAGCUCACCUUUUCCACUUGCCCUUCUUGUCGUUAUCGUCGAAUUUUUAUUUUUCAGGGUGCUGCUCCCAGCUGUGAGAGGACCGGGACGUCGGUCCCGUCCAUCCCUGCCCGCCAUCCGUGCACCCCGGGGCUCCCCGCGCCUCCCCACGUUGGCUCCCAUCUUGGCUCAUCCUCUUGCCCAGUCCCUCUGCACUUCCAGCCUCCUCUCGCAUCUUCUAGUUGGGCUCCUGGCUGUUCGGGGCAGCUAAUCCAAGCCAUGCAAAAGACGUUCAUUCUGCAGCAUCCCUUAAAAUGUCUUUUCUGCUCUAUCGCAUUUCACUCCUACUCUAGAGGCAUCCCACUGGGCGCCAUAUGAGAGGACCGGUGUCAGUGAUGCUGCUCUCCUAAGCCGCGCUGUGCUGGCACACUGCGGUUUGGGCGACUUACAAUCGGCAGUGAAAUUAGGAAGCAGAAACUGGCCGCUUGUAAAGGAAGGUCAUAAAAUCCAUCGGAGAAGAGAACAACGCGGGGCAGCCCAGCGUGAGCCCCUGGCUCUCGCUCCACCUCCCAGCUGGAGGCAGGAGCUGCCUGCGGGCAGGGGAAGGCGGCACUCGCCGCCCUCCCGCACGAGCGCAGGUCGCCGGCGGUACGGGGAAAGCAUCCCUUUCCCUGCGACGACCGCGCCGUGCGGAGGAUGUCCUGCAGAAAGAAACCCUACAGCGACCUAGCGGUAGCCAGCCCCCCCCCAAUGGCCAUAGUUUUGCUGGAGGUACUUGCAUAUAGAGGUUUUGUAAAUAGAAAAAAAUAUCAGUGAUGGGGAUUCAAGUAAUCAUUUUUUAAAAAAAAAAAAAAAUCUUACCAGGUUUACAUCUUGCUUUUCUUUUUUUGAGCAUAAGAGGUUUGUUGUUUUUUUUUUAAAAAAUGGCUUGAGACUAAUGUCUUGCGGACCAGAUUUAGCCAGGUGUUUUGGGAGGAGGAGGAGGUCAGCAGCAGCACGCAGGGCUGUCCCUUGCUGGCGCUGCACCGUCCUGCUGAGGCCAGGUCUGCACGGAGAGAAAAAGCCAAGGCUGGCGUCAGCCCGGCGGUGGUUGCUUUGCGAAACCGUUGCUGCGCGGCUCGCUUUUUUUAAAAAGUCAGGAUUGCUGUUAUGUUUUUUUGGCAUUAUGGCUCAAAUGAGCCACGAACCAAAAUAAAGAUGUUUUAAGCAUUUUCAUCCUUUACCUGCUGGACCACGUUCUUCUUUCCCUGAGGUCCCGAUCUAGCAAAGCGCUUGGGUGGGAGCUCGCUCCCAGGGGCUCCUGCUCCCCGAGCGCUUUCCUGGAUGGCAGCCGGCCUUUGCUGUUAAGUCACGAGAAAAACUCCCUUGAAGUCAGUGUAAGUGAGAAGAGGAUCAGGUGCGUGGACUUCAGUUGGUGCAGGAUCAGGCCCUCGGUCUUACUUUCUCAACUCGGUGUGUUGGACUUUGCCUAUGCAGCUCCCAGGGGGUCCAGUGGAAGUUGCAUGGUUCAAGCCGCUGACAUCUAUUUGAGAAUGUGCCUCUUUAUCUCUUCAGCGUGUGAAAUAAUGCAAAAAAAAAAAAAAGAAAAAAAAUAUAAAAUAAACAAAGUACAAUGUCUGUGGUAGAAGCAAGGCUUUUCAAAUCUGUUUCUCAGGUAAACAAGUGACACUAAUGACAGUGGAGUAACAGCCAUCUAAGGGAAUUGGGAUCUAAAGCAGGAGGAUGCCCUCCAUCUCGCAGGAUGCUUGGGUUGCCAGACACGUUUACUGAGCCUUUGAACACUUGGUGCAAAAGGAAACAAGAAAUAAAAUUGGUAUUCACCACUACCCUUCGCUAGCUAGACAAACGUCCAUUUCGAAAGCACAAAGGGAAGACUUAAACAUAGACUAAACCACACACACACAAAAGAAAGGUACCAGUUAAACUCCUUUUGUCUCUUUACUCCCAGUGGGAAGCAGGGUAGAAAUCCAAGGAGCUGCUCUGUUCCGCUGCCCGCGGCGCCGGCCGGGGCAUUUCGACUGCUGCCUCCAGAGAUGUGAAUGUACUGCUCCUUGAGUUCCCUUCCAUAGAACUAGAGGCACCUCGUUAGGAAGUUGCUCCUGUUUUAUGGUGCUAAAGAAAACUUUUAUCCCCCCCUUGAGCAUUUAAGAACUAUUAAAUGGCCCUUUUUAUGAAUGUAACAUAUCCAUUUCUGUUCCACAUUUUACACUGCAAUUUUAACAUGUUUGGAAAUUAUUUGCCUUUUUUCUUUUAGAAUAAGCUUUAUAAAUAUUCUGUAGAGUCAAUUGAAGUAUAAUUCUUAAGGAUCACUCUAAGACGCCUACAAAAUCUUGUAUAUUUUUAAGUGUGCCAAUUUGUAAAAUAUUUUGUAAGUGUAUAUUUUUCUUAGAAAAGUGCUGUGAAGUGUUUGUAUGUGUGAGGUUUCCCUUUUUUUGCACCUUCGGGUGUUAAUAAAAGGAUGUAUACUUAAAAGUUUCUGGUUUUAAAAACCAAAAUACAAAGAAAAAAAUUAAACUUUUGUUGGGAAUUUUGUAAUAAAAAGAAAUGUUGUGAAAGAGUGUAGUGAUAUUGUGUAAAGGAAACUGGAAAAUUUGUGAGCGCUUUGCUGUUUUAUAGAUCCUCUUGUAAAUUAUUCUUGUAAUAUUUUGGGUUUUGUUGUUCUUGUUGCAAAGGUUUUAAAUAUUUGUGACUGACUCUGUAUGGUGAAAACGUCAUAUUGUUAACUUGCUGAGUUUUGUUAUAUUGUUUAUGGAAUAAAUAAAAAAAUUAAAAAUCUCAUUUUAAGAUCAUAUAUGAAGAAGAAAUUAAAACUGCCAUUUAUUGAA